UGCCAGCAUUUCUUGUCGACGUGGGAAGCGAAGGGAGGGAUUCGGACACAAACAAAUGUCUCCGGUUCUCCUCGUAGGGGCUUUUUUGACGGGAGACCGUGACAUGUCAGGUGGAUUUACAUGAGAACCCCGUCACGUUGGAAACAUGUGGCUCAAACCUGAAGAAAUCCUGCUGAAAAACGCCUUCAAACUGUGGGUCACCGAGAAGGAUAACGAGUAUUUUGUGCUGCAAAGGAGACGGGGGUACGGAGACGGAGGUGGCGGGCUGACAGGCCUGCUUGUGGGAACUCUGGAUACUGUGCUGGACUCAACAUCCAGAGUUGCUCCUUACCGCAUAUUACACCACACACCAGACUCGCAAGUCUACUGGUCCAUAGCAUGUGGGGUCACCAAAGAAGAGAUCGGCCAGCACUGGGAAUGGUUGCAGCAGAACAUCAUGAGGACCCUCUCUGUUUUUGACUCCACUGAAGACAUCACCAGCUUCGUACAGGGAAAGAUUAGAGGCCUUAUUGCUGAAGAAGGGAAGAGCUCCAUGGUGCUGGAGGAGGAUCCAGAUAAAUUCAGAGAGUCCCUUUUGAGGUUUGAGAAGUGGUUCGAGCUGCCCGCCCAGGAAAAGCUGGUCACAUAUUACUCGUGCAGUUACUGGAGAGGCAAAGUGCCCUGCCAGGGCUGGCUCUACCUCAGCACAAAUUUCCUCUGCUUCUACUCGUACCUCCUGGGAGCUGAGGUGAAACUGAUCAUCUCCUGGGAUGAGAUCUGGAGGCUGGAGAAGACGUCUAACGUAAUCCUGACGGAGAGCAUCCACGUUUUGGCUCACGGGGAGGACCACUACUUCUCCAUGCUGCUGCAUCUCAAUGAGACGUUUGUCAUCAUGGAGCAGCUCGCCAGCUACUCCAUCAAGCGUCUCUUCGAUAAAGAGGCAUUCCAGGGCGAGCCAGCUCUCUCCGACCCCCUACAAGUUACCAAGAGAGGCCUUGAAGCUCACGCAAAGAGUGAGCAAUUCCGGUCGUUUUUCCGGCUUCCCAAGGAGGAAAACCUAUUAGAAGUGCACGAGAGCUUCCUGUGGGUGCCAUUCAGUCACUUUAACACUCUUGGCAAGAUCUGCCUCUCCGAGAACUACCUUUGCUUUGCCAGUCAGGACGGCAGCCAGUGCCACAUCAUCAUUCCAAUGCGCGAGGUCGUCAACGUCGAGAAGCCCGAUCCCAGCAGUCGGGCUUUGACGGUAUGCGUGCGUGGCAAGAGAGCGCUGCGUUUCUCCGAGGUGCGGGACUACCAGCGGCUCGCAAACACGCUCCGCAGCAGGUGCGGGAUCAGCGCCAGCCCACAGCACUCGGCUUCAUCAGAGGCCAUACGAGGCGAAUGUCAGUCGCUCAUAAAUCACUUUGAGGACAACCCAGAGGACGUGACUCUCAUGGUGGGACAGAAGAACACCAGCAAGGCUGUAAGCACUGAGGCCCUCAUGACCGUCUUUCAUCCUCAAGAUGUUGAAAACCUUGAUCCCAAAAUGCUCAAAGAGAAGAUGAAGGAGCAGUCUUGGAACAUCCAUUUCUCUGAAUACGGACGCGGGACUAGCAUGUUUUUCACCAGGAAGACGCGAGACUUGAUUGUCCGAGGCGUUCCCGAAUCCCUGAGGGGAGAGCUCUGGAUGCUGUUUUCAGGAGCUGUGAACGAGAUGGCCACCAACCCCGGCUAUUACACCGAGCUGGUGGAGCAGUCUCUGGGCACCAGCACUCUGGCGACGGACGAGAUCGAAAGGGACUUGCACCGCUCUCUCCCCGAGCACCCGGCGUUUCAGAGCGACACGGGCAUCUCAGCUCUGCGCAGAGUCCUUACUGCCUAUGCCUACAGGAACCCAAAAAUUGGAUACUGCCAGGCCAUGAACAUUCUCACCUCAGUCCUGCUGCUGUACGCGAAGGAGGAGGAGGCUUUCUGGCUGCUGGUGGCGGUCUGUGAGAGGAUGCUGCCGGACUAUUUCAACCGCCGAAUUAUCGGAGCUCUGGUCGACCAGGCCGUGUUCGAGGACCUGAUCAGAGAGAACCUCCCGCAGCUGGUGGAGCACAUGACGGAUCUGAGCUUCUUCUCGUCCGUGUCCUUGUCCUGGUUCCUCACUCUCUUCAUCAGCGUCCUGCCCAUCGAGAGCGCCGUCAACGUGGUGGACUGCUUCUUCUACGACGGCAUAAAAGCCAUUGUGCAGCUCGGCCUGGCUGUGCUGGACUACAACAUGGAGGCGCUCAUCGCCUGCAGCGACGACGCGGAAGCGGUCACCAUCCUCAACAGGUUCUUUGAUAGCGUGACCAACAAAGACAGUCCGCUGCCUCCGACGGUGCAGCAGGCCUCAGCGAGCAACAACGACAAGGCAUCUCACGUCUGCGUGGACAUCAGCGAGCUGAUCCGAGAAGCCUACGAGAAAUAUGGACAUUUCCGAUCGGAGGAAGUCGAGAGUUCACGGAGGCGGAACAAGCUUUAUGUCAUCCAGACACUGGAGGAUACAACCAAACAAAACGUCAUCCGGGUGGUGUCCCAAGAGGUCCGAUUCACCGCCUCGCAGCUUGACGAGCUUUACAACUUGUUCAAAAGGCAGCAUUUCCUCAGCUGCUACUGGACGAUGAGGAGUCCAGCUCUGCUCCACCACGAUCCUAGUCUGGCCUACCUGGAGCAGUACCAGCUGGGCUUCCAGCAGUUCAGCGAGCUGUUCUCCCUGCUCGAGCCCUGGGGGUUUUGCGCCGCCAAGAGCACCCUCUCCCUUUGGGUCUUCCGCCUCAUCGACGAGAACCAGGACGGUCUCAUCAACUUUAAGGAAUUCUGCUGCGCUCUCGAUACCUUAUACGGCGGAUCUUUCACCAAUAAGCUGAAAUUUCUCUUCAAGCUCCACCUGCCACCAGCUUUCACAGGUAGUCCUUUACACUUAAAGGAAGAAAGAGUCCAGCAAUUUCUUCCAGUGACUGAGGACUCCUCUCACUUGACUAGACUCUCUGCCUUUGAUCUUCCAGAAGAUGGCGUCAUCAGGAAAAGUCCUGAAAGAGGCAGGGGAAAGGUUGACCUUCAGGCCUAUCUGAAACAAUGGCAAAAUGAAAUACUCAAGAAGGAGGAAACGAUCAAGGACCUACCGAGAAUUAAUCAGGCUCAGUUCAUCCAGUUCUCCAAGACCCUCUACAAUAUCUUUCACGGUGAUCCCGAGGAGGAGACGCUGUACCGGGCCGUUGCCCACGUGACCAGCCUCCUCCUCAGGAUGGAGGAGGUUGGGCGGAGGCUGCAGGAGCCGAGCAGCCCGCCCCCGGAGGCCACGAAGCCCGUCAGCGCAACCGCUUCUGCAGAGGCGUCUUCAACCGAAGAGGCCUCCAGCAAGCCGGAGGCCUCAGACGCCUCCAGUUCUAACAACAGCCAGGAGGGGGCGACGGAGCAGUCGGACGAGGAUUGGUCGUUUUCCUUCGAGCAGGUCCUGGCCUCGCUGCUCAACGAGCCCACCAUCGUCAGCUUCUUCGAGCGGCACGUCCACAUUCACGCAAAACUAGGACAGGCCAGGGUCGCCCAGCUCAAGCUGAAGGCCAAGAAGUAAAAAGACGUUAAUGGCUCUGACUCAAACCGCAGGUUUAAUUUCCGUUCUCCGGUCAGAUCGGGGAGAGGAUUUUGACGCUGAGAUGGGUUUAAAUUCUGUGUUCAUAUCGUCGAUGAUCCAAAAUAAGGGAAUCUUCAAGAUGCUAGAGUAGGUUCACUGACCAACACAUUCAUCCUGUUCUUAAUUGUAACUCACAACACAGACUUAGAGUAGGCUGAGGGUUGUUCCUCACAUCUCAUUAUGCAUUUCCAUCCUUACUCGCUCACGCAGCUGCACUUUCAAUAGAUUUCAAGUCAGAUUUAAGAAACUGUAUGAUAUAACAUACUGUAUGACACAUGUCUAUAAAAACCAAUAGACUUAGAAUCUGCUUCUGAAUGUUUUGAUGUAUAUUAUCAUUCAGAUUAGUAUUCACUUCUUGCAAUGAAACUACUGUGUAUGAUAGUCUGUCCUUUGACUGGUUCGUUAUGCUCAAUAUUUAAGCUUAGUGUAAGAAACACCAGCUUAGUUAUUAGUUGAAUAGAUCAGUAGUAUAUCGGAUAGAGGACACGUUUUAUUGUUGUUCCUGGAAGCCAUAAACUGAUCAGAGUUAAUCUGACUGAAAAAUUAUACAUUUUGAGAGCAAAAAAUAAUAAAGUGAUUAGACUUUAGUGAAAACAUUUGCAAUAACCAGGGCUAGAUUUAAGAGUCUGGGGGCCCCUGGGCUGAAGCAAGUAGUGGUGUCCUACGCAUAUUAAGGUUUUCCUUGCACAUGUAGAUUACAAUAGAAAGCUAGGUCCAAAUCAUCUUCACAGUUUUCAAAACAGUCUUUGUAUAUGUCUUUUGGGAAAAAAAGAAGAUAAUCUCCUCCAUAAAGGCAUUUCUGAAAAUGUCAGCCUGAAAUGUUAAUGUGAUUAUAUCAGGCCUGUAUAUGGAGACUGAACCGCAGCAAAAGAAACCCCAGCAUCAAACGAGUUAGGCUGGUGACGUCUUCGUUUUCAGACAGUUGUGUAUGGCUGUUCUGCACAAAUCAAAGUAGUUUAAACACACCACAGGGGUCUGAGCGUGGACGUAUUCGUUUGAAAAUUUUCCGACUCCUAUACAGGUAUGUCUCAAUCAAUUGGAAUAUUAUUUCAAAAUUAUUAGAUUUGUGAUUGAGUUCAAAACAUCAGACUCUUAAAGCGAUUCAUUUCACACGGAGCAAUAUAGAGCAAGCGAUAUUUCUGUUUUUUAUGAUUGUGGUUCACACCUGAUAAAAACCCUAAACUCUGUUUCUCCAAAAAAAUUAUGUUAUGUAAGACAAAAUGUAAAAAGGAAAUUGGUUGGAGACUUUAUUGAAAUAUUGUGAUCUAUAUAACUGAGGCAAUAGUGACUUCACUGGGACGUUGCCAAAGAAGCUGGCUGUUCAGAGUGCUGUUGGUGCAUAUGUCAUAUAUGCAUAUUGAUGGAAAGUUAGGUGGAGGGAAAAACUAUUGUGGAAAAAGAUCUAAGGAUUAAGUCCAUUUGAGAAAUUGGGGGAGGUUAACUAGCCGUUGAUUAGACUGAGAGCUUUAAAGAGCCGCCACUCACAGGUGGACCGUUCUGAUCUUGCUUCUGGUUCAGAAACAUCAGAACGGUCCUACCUUAGCAGCGCCACAGGCCGAUUUCCUCCUGGCAACGCUCUGCCAAAGCGGUAACUCGUGCUUAAGGAGCAAAUUAAAUAAAAACGGACCUCAAAACCACGGGGCUCACAGACUUCUGCCCUGGUAAGUCCUGGCUAAACGCUGGCCCUGGCAAUAACAUGCAGCAGAGGGCGCUAAUGUGCCACAACGCAUUCAACUGCUUUGCUUGUCCAGCAGCAGUCCAGGUUAACAUAUUUUUUUUUAACCCAGGCUCAUGCUUGACCAGCAUCACCAGUGAAUUUAGAUCACAGAUUUCUUUAGUAGGUCAAACAUGUGCCUGAAAACCAAGAUAUGUGCGGAUAAACCUGCUGCAUCCUCCUGUGGUGCCGCCUGUGGACUUCACUAUUCAACUUGAUGACGUUUUAGCUACAUGUCGUCGUAACUUUAUCCUCCUCUGUGUCGCUCUGGUGUAUCCGUGAGGCUUCUGUGAACCUCAGUGAGCUCCAGGACUGUUGAAUAAGGAUAUUGUGUUUCAUCAUAUCUCAGGGUGAUUUGCGUAAACAUAAACAAGGUUAAAAAGGGAUAUUUUUCAACCUGAGACACAAAACGGUAUAUGAACAGAAUUCUAUAUUACAGCAUUUACAUAUAGAGCAUGUGUAGCAUAGUUACAGGAUUAGCAAGGCGUCUGCGAGCUGCUUUGCUACCGGGAGCCAGAAUCUGCAGUGUUUUGUUUUCGCUGUUUUUUUUCUCUUCGUAUCUAUUCUGUCUGUGAGCGAUUUGCACAUGUUGUUUAUAGAUUUACAAGCUGUAGAUGUGCCUGUAUCUCAGCCAGAUCUUGUAGGCGGGGGGACUCAACAAAAAAAAAAAGGGGUCAGGACCACUGCAGCAGGGGCUUGUCUCGUCUUCUGGGGGCCAAAUUAAGGAAUAUAAAGCUUUACAGUAUGUGCUUUUUGCCCCCAGAGCUUAGCUUUUAGUUCGUUUUUAGGUGCCUCCUAAAUGAAGCUCUAAUUUUUGUGCUUGCUGUUUUUAAUCAUUUUGCCACUUGCUGAAUAUUUAAAUUUUUUUUUGCCGUUGACUGAUCAGGACUGAAGGACCAACCUCUUGUGUGUUGUUACUUUUACUGCUGAAGGAAGUUUACCAAUUGAUUUUUAAAAUAACCAUUUCUCUUGGGAGAAAAAGAAUAAUAAAUAAACCACGGUUUAUAUGUGCAAUGCAUAAGAAAAUAGUCAAAAUGCAUCAUUGAUGUUUGAGAUGCUAUCACGCCCUAACACUAAAAGUUGAAUAAUAAAUUAUAGACUUCUCAGUGGUGAAUAUCAUCAGACAGUAAUGAGCAUCAGCAGCAGAGUUGAUUAUUUGAAUGUUAUGAAAGCUAUAUUUGGGCAUGGUUUUACUUUAUUAGUAACUGUUUCCCUGCAGUCAUGGUGGAUUCUGGACAUCUUUGAAUGUCAUAAAAUUGCAAACAGCAUCUUAUUAGGAAACAGGAUGUGCAUGGAUUAUGAGUUUGUGCAUGCUUUGCUCUGUCAGUUUCUCUUUAUUAAAAGUAUAUUGAAGUCUUUUUUUAUAUAAGCGCUUUGAUUUAUAGAAUGUUUUCUUUUCUUUGACAGAGUAUUCAUAUCAAACAUUAAUUUAUGCAAAAACGUUCCUUUUUUUUUAAAGCCCAUAAAUGUUGCUGUCCUCUUUACAGAGAAGGGAAAAGCCAAUGCACGGCUCUGGAAACCUCUUGAUUGAACUCUUGUCUUGCUCUACACGUGACGCUUGGAUGUUUGAUUUAUUUGGAUUGGUUUUAUUGUCACCUAAAUGUAUGAGAAUAAAGAGCAGUGAUUUAAUAA